AAAAUUGAGUGUUGCAAAAUUGGUGAUGUUGUACUCAUUGAGAUAGAUAUCCUAUGUCUUGGGCAACAACACCAUCCACCCCACAAAUUCCGUUCCUUUUCUUUGCUAUUCUUCUCAUUAUGAUUAUUAGUACAUUAUAGACUAAAAAAAAUAAAACUCAUAAACCAUGAUCCACACAUUCCAACAUCAACCUUAACCCAACAUUUAUGGAUCUUUACACACCCUCUUACAUUUUUUAAAAAUUUUUUGUGUGUGUCUUUGAUUUGUGACUUACGUGUGUUCAUGUUUUUGAUUCAUUUGAUGUUGUUCUCAGAAUUUGGGUUGUUACCCUUUUGAACCCUUCAUUUGGUUUGUUGGAAAGUUUGAUACUUUUUGCAACCCUUCAUUUGGUUUGUUGGAAAGUUUGAUACUUUUUGCAAAUCUGUGUCAAUUUUGGAUUAUCCUAUAAUUUCAAUGGGGUGUUUUGAUGAGGGGCAUUUCAAUGGUGAGCUUGAAAAUGGAGUGAGUAUUGGGUAUGGUGAGAUUGAGGAUGAUGCAAAUAAAGUUGCUAUUGAGGAUGCUGUGAAGGUCCUUUUGUUGGGUCUUGGUGAAGAUAUUAAUAGGGAAGGUCUUAAGAAAACACCACUUCGUGUUGCAAAAGCUUUACUUGAAGGAACUAGAGGUUAUAGACAAAAGGUGAAGGAUAUUGUUGAAGGUGCUUUAUUUCCUGAAGCUGGCCUAGAUAAUAAUAAAAUUGGCCAUGCUGGCGGUGCAGGCGGACUUGUAAUUGUCCGAGACAUUGACCUCUAUUCCUACUGUGAAUCUUGCUUGCUACCUUUCCAGGUCAAAUGUCAUGUCGGUUAUGUCCCUUCUGGCCAAAGAGUUGUUGGAUUAAGCAAGCUCUCUCGUGUAGCCGAAGUAUUUGCUAAACGUCUUCAAGAGCCUCAGCGUCUAGCAGACGAGGUGUCUUCGGCUUUGCAACAGGGAAUAAAACCGGCAGGCGUUGCCGUUUUACUUCAGUGUACACAUAUUCACUUUCCAGACAUCGAAUCAAUCUUUCUAGAAUCAAACCAAAAAGGAUGGGGGAAGAUAGAUGUUUCAUCGGGUUCUGGUGUCUUUGAAACCAAAAACGCCGACGAAUGGUCUGAUUUCUUUUACCUUAUUAAAUCUAGAGGUGUCGAUAUGGAAACAGUUCAUCUGCGAGCUUCGUCUGAGCAAUGCUGGUGUCCGUCUCUCUCCACCAUUUCCACUAAAGUUUCCUCCAAAACCGGACCGAUUAAUCCGUCAAUGGUCACCGCAGUAUCAUCAAUUCUAAAAUCUUUGGGAGAAGAUUCGGUUCGGAAGGAGCUUGCAGGGACACCUAACCGUUUCGUAAAAUGGCUGUUGAACUUCCAAAGCAUAGACAUGGAUGUGAAGCUAAACGGCUCCCUUUGUUGCGGGAUAAAACCUUUGAUUGCCGCCAGCGAGGUGGCAAACAACAUCGACAAACAAAUAUACACCGAGUUGAACUUGCCGUUUUGGUCACAAUGUGAGCAUCAUAUACUUCCAUUUCACGGCGUCGUUCACAUAGGAUACUUCCUUUCAGAAGGGUUCAAUCCAAUAGGAAAAUCACUUCUACAGUCAAUAGUUCAUUUUUACGGUUUCAAGCUCCAAGUUCAAGAAAGACUUACGAAGCAGAUAGCAGAAACUGUAUCGCCGCUUUUAGGUGGAAAUGUAAUAGUAGUAGUAGAAGCAAGUCACACAUGCAUGAUUUCUAGAGGAAUUGAGAAGUUUGGAAGCAGUACAGCUACUAUUGCUGUGUUAGGAUGCUUUUCAAAUGACUUUGCUUCAAGAACCUCAUUCUUGCAAAUUAUUGCAAAUGCUUCUUCUUCUGGAUUGCAAUAGUGGUUCUUCUUGGAUCAAUUUUUCAGUGAUUACUUGCAUUCAUUCUAUGCAUUUUUUAAGGUUUUAAAACCAAUGCAGCAGCUUACAUGCACAAUUACAUUGCUGUCUUGUGUCUUACCUUGUUUAAACUCUUAGCCUUCUUUUUUCUCUGUUUAAUUAUGCUUUUAGUCUUGCAGCU